AUGACAGAAGCUACUGAUGGCUCUCUUUACUUGGGACUACCUAACAUUAUAGGUAGAAAGAAGACUGUGAUACUCGGCUUCCUCAAAAACAAGAUCAUAAAUCAGCUCAAUAGUUGGAAUGGCAAGUUUUUAUCUCGUGCAGGCAAGGAAGUUCUCCUUAAAUCUGUUAUUCAAUCGCUUCCAACUUACGCUAUGAGCGUCUUCCUUCUUCCCUUGGAAACCUGUCAAGAAAUUGAGAAGAUUAUGGCUAACUUUUGGUGGAAAACUUCAAGUGCUAAAGGUCAAGGAAUCAUUUGGAUGUCUUGGGAUCGCAUGGCAACUCCCAAACAUUCAGGUGGUAUGGGUUUUCGUCAUUUACAUGACUUUAAUCUUGCAAUGUUGGCCAAACAAGGGUGGCAGUUUCUUGUCUCCCCAACAUCUCUUGCCAGCUGUGUGUUCCAAGCCAAGUAUUAUCCCAACUCUGAUUUCCUUACUGCAAAGCUUGGUAAUAACCCAAGUUUCGUUUGGUGUAGCAUCUGGAGUGCACAAAGCUUGGUUAAAUUGGGCUGUCAACGAACCAUUGGUAAUGGGAUGUCAACAAGUGUCUUGAAGCAUACUUGGCUUCCCGAUCCCGUCAAUUCUUUUGUGACUUCCAAUGCUCUCAGCCUUGACAAUAAAAUGGUCAACUCUCUCAUGGAUAUUCAUGAGACAUCUUGGGAUAUCUCUCUUGUUCAUGAUAUGUUUAACCCUCGAGAUGCUCAUUUGAUUCUUGGAAUCUCGCUGAGUUCUAUACCAAACGAAGACUGCUGGUCCUAG